AUGUUUCCUACCUACCUACCUACCUGCCUACCUACUGUAGACUUUUUCUUGCUCGCGCAUACGGCCGAGAAGUUGACUCGAAUCGACUUGAAGUAUGGCGCACGGCGAGAAGCUGGCUGCACAGCAUCCCGCCGUUCUAAAUUGCUCAAGAAGACAGCACUCCACAGGCAAAUAAGUCACCCCGAGCCCAAACCCAUGCCCAAGACUGCUACAACGCCCGCCUACCUGCCCGCCCGCCCGCGCCGCCCUGGUCCUAGAUGCGGCAGCCUCCCGUUCCAUCGAAAGAACUGGGGCCGCCCACCCGCGAUCAUGAGCUUAGCUUGGCUUGGGUUGGAUAGGUAAGGUAAGGUAGCGAGGGUAAGGUACGAAAGGUAUUGUACCUUAGGUAAGGUGAGGUCAGGUAGGUUCGCGACGUUCGGUACGAUGAGGGUGGGUGUGGGUGUGGGUGGAGAAGAAGUGGCUGGCUGCCCCUUUUCGUCUGGGUCGAUGUUCAAAACCCCCUCCAUCACUUUUCCCCUGGCGUCGCCCUAAUAAGUGCAGGGUCCGAGAACUUAUUAUAUUUCCAUCCCACGAGCCUGCUCUGCUCUGCUCUGCUCUGC